CAUGAUCAACUGCAUGGCAAAAUUCACUACAGUAAUUAUUUCCGCCUUUUCCGCAUGUAAAAAUUCAAUUAUAUUAGUCCAAGAUGAAAGUCAAAUCUACGUUUCAUGUCAGUGCAAGGGAUCACGUAUUGGUUUUUUUUCUAGCAUGCAUAGUUAAAGAUUGUUUUGGUCAAUUGCUGUCGAAAUCAUCUCCUUCCAAGCUUGAUGGACAGCUUGAUGAGUAUUUGUGCACCUUUUGUGGAACAGCAAAAACAGAUUUCCUUGACAAAUAUUGUAAUCAGAACUUCUUAACGUAUGGUCGAUGUUGUUUAAAUCCCUCUAAUGUCACUAUUGGAAUUGAUUUAGGUAAUUGCAGUCUGACCAAUGUUCCUAAGUUGAGCCAUAUUGAAGACAUCUCUUGGUUAAAUUUUGCUUUCAACCCAAAUCUAAAUUGCAAUAAAGAUAACUCAACAACAACUUUUAAAGGAUUUCAGAAUUUACAAAUGAUAAUUCUUCCAAGUAAAUGCAGAUCAUGCCCAGGUGGUAAUGGUUUAUGGAGAUACCAUAAUAGAAUGAUUUCAUUCAAUAAUUGUACAGGACAAAUGAAUAACUGCCAAGUACUGAAUAGAACCUGUCCUACUCACUCACACUGUGUCAGCAAUGGACCUGGUUUCUAUGAAUGCUUAUGUUCUAGUGGAUAUAAUGAAUAUAGGUGUUUGAUUAUGAAUGGAAUGCCAUUGGUUUUAACACUGUGUGCUAUUGCUGGUGCUUCUUUUGUCAUUAUUGUUCCAAUAUGGUUCUUAAUUAGAAGACGGAAAAAAAUCAAUCGCUCUGGAUAUGUUGUUAUAGAAUAACUGUUUCAACUUUUUUUAUGGAUUUUUUUCAAUCUUUUGUUUUUAAUUAAAUUCUUAUUGUUAAUAUAUAUUGUGUAAACUUUGUAAUUUUGUUGACUAUAGCUGCAUUUUAUAUUUAUAUCUAUUUUAGUAAAAAUCAAGGCAGUUGGAAUUCAAUUGAAAUUUUGUGUUUGACUGUUUUUAUGAUUAUAGCCAUACAGAUCGAAAAAACAAAAUAGUUGACAACGCAGUAGAAGGGCUUCAUUUGUAAAGAUGAGAAACAAAUUCUGCCAAGGAGUAGUCAAAUAGGCACAAAACAAAGCAAAAUUAGUCAAUAGUUUUGUUAGUCAUAUUCUGUGGACAAAUCCAUUUUUCUCUGUGACUUGACUUAUUGCAAUUAUUAGUGAGGAAAAUGGAUCGGAUUGCAAAUUGAAAUGUCUAGUUAUUUUUUACUCUGCGAACAGAGCUACUUUAGUUUGUUUUAUCCAAAUUAAUUAAAAUCCUUUUCAUUUUUAAG